ACGGACUCAAAACACUCCCUCUGUUUCUCUCUCGGCGACUACCGAUUCACCGUUCGAUCUGAGAUGGCGGAUUCCGAUAACGAUUCAGGCGGUCACAAGGACGGAGGGAUCGCGUCGUCGCGUGAGCAGGAUAGGUUUCUGCCGAUCGCGAACGUGAGCCGGAUCAUGAAGAAAGCGUUGCCUGGGAACGCGAAAAUCUCCAAGGACGCCAAGGAGACUGUGCAGGAGUGCGUAUCGGAAUUCAUUAGCUUCGUCACCGGCGAGGCUUCGGAUAAGUGUCAGAGAGAGAAGAGGAAGACGAUCAACGGCGACGAUCUUCUCUGGGCGAUGACGACGCUAGGGUUCGAGGAUUACGUUGAGCCGUUGAAGGUUUACCUGCAAAAGUAUAGGGAAUUGGAAGGGGAGAGGAUGACGACGGGGAGACCGGGUGAUAAGGAAGGUGGCGGCGGCGGAGGAAAUGGAAGCUCUGGCGGUGGAGGUGGAGGAUAUAAUGGCGGAGGAGGGAUGUACGGUGGGAUGGUGAUGGGGCAUCAUCAUCAAGGACACGUCUCUGACUCGGUUAACAACUCGAAAUGGCUCUCACAGGAGAGUACUAAUUCUCAUAUCUCUGUUCUCAUGCAAGCUUGUAUUGUUAAUUCUUCUAUGUUUUUGAUCAGAGCCAUUCACGGUGCAACAAGUAUGGUGUUAUACGCCAACGCCAGUUACGAGUCCGUGUACUGA